UUCUUUUUCUUCAUCCUCACCACUUCCACCUCCAGGAAUCGGAAUCAGAAUCGGAACUCAACGAUUCACCUUCAUCUCCUCCAACGUGAUUCUUCCUCCCUGCACCACUUCCAGUUCCAGGCUCCGAGUCAAAGCCUCAUCAUCACCUCCUCCAGGAAAAGGGGUUGAGAAUUUGGUGAUUAUAGGUUCAGGGCCUGCAGGGUACACAGCUGCAAUAUAUGCAGCACGUGCCAAUUUGAAGCCUGUGGUGUUUGAAGGGUACCAAGUUGGUGGUGUUCCUGGGGGGCAGCUCAUGACUACCACUGAAGUCGAGAAUUUCCCUGGAUUUCCAGAUGGGAUUACUGGACCUGACCUCAUGGAAAGGAUGCGAAAUCAAGCCGAACGUUGGGGUGCAGAAUUGUAUCAUGAAGAUGUUGAAGCUGUUGAUGUGAAAAGUAGCCCUUUCACCAUCCAAAGUACUGAUCGGAAGGUUAAGUGCCAUGCGGUCAUUUUCGCCACCGGAGCUACUGCAAAAAGGCUAGGACUACCCCGAGAAGAGGAGUUUUGGAGUCGAGGAAUAAGUGCGUGUGCAAUUUGUGAUGGAGCAUCACCACUCUUUAAAGGUCAAAUUCUUGCUGUUGUUGGAGGUGGUGAUACAGCUACAGAGGAAGCAUUGUACUUGACUAAAUAUGCUAGUCAUGUUCACUUACUAGUUCGUCGCCAUGAACUAAAAGCUUCCAAAGCUAUGCAAGAUAGAGUGUAUAACAAUCCAAAUGUCACCGUGCACUUCAAUACAGAGGCCGUUGAUGUUGUAAGCAAUAAUUCAGGACAGAUGUCUGGCAUUUUAGUCAGAAAUGUUGAUACUAAGGAGGAAUCUGUACUUGAUGCAAAAGGGCUAUUUUAUGGCAUAGGUCAUUCACCAAAUAGCCAACUUUUGGAAGGCCAAGUUGAGCUUGACCAGUCAGGUUACAUACUUGUUGAAAAGGGUUCUGCAAAAACUUCAGUAGACGGUGUAUUUGCUGCUGGAGAUGUUCAGGACCAUGAAUGGAGGCAAGCAAUAACUGCUGCUGGAUCUGGAUGUAUUGCUGCUUUAUCAUCUGAGAGAUAUCUCGUGAGCAAAGGUCUUCUUGUAGAGUUCCAUCAGCCUCAAACUGAAGAGGUCAAGAAGGAACUUACAGAAAAGGAUGUUGAAGAGGGCUUUGAUAUAACACUUACAAAGCAUAAGGGACAGUAUGCUCUAAGAAAAUUGUACCAUGAAAGUCCAAGGCUUAUAUGUGUAUUAUAUACGUCACCAACAUGUGGUCCAUGUAGGACACUCAAGCCAAUUCUUGGCAAGGUAAUCGAUGAGUAUGAUAAUAAUGUACAUUACAUUGAAAUUGAUAUAGAGGAAGAUCCAGAAAUAGCUGAAGCAGCCGGAAUAAUGGGUACACCAUGUGUGCAGUUCUUCAAAAAUAAGGAGUUGCUGAGGACUGUCCCUGGGGUCAAAAUGAAGAAAGAAUACAAAGAAUUCAUUGAAACAAAUAGAUAGAAGUAGUAAAAAAAAUUGGAGGUUGAUUCCCUAAUUCAAUGAUUCAAUUUUGUUUUUCCAAAUUGGUCAGCUUAUUAAUGCUGUCAAUUUUGACAAGCGAUACCUAGUCCUUGAAGUAAUUAGCAGAGAGUCCUCCUGUACAAGUAUAGUUGCCAAUCACUGCCAUACUUUUGGUUGUUCAGUGUUUUUUCUUUUUGGAUUCACAGGGUGUAAGAAACAUACUUCACAGUCAUAUGGUGAAUGAAUGAAGCUUGUAUAGGUUUUCGCCA